AUGCGCCACAAUGGCAUGCGCACAUUCUCUCAGGGUGUGGACCUGCGCGGGCCCUUGGCUCUUGCGGCUACGCAGCGGGAAGGCGGCGCCAAACCUCCGCGGAGGCCGACAGCUGCCCCUCCGCGCUGGCACACUGCUACGGACAGCGCUGACUCUGACCCACAGCUUUCAGAGGUGCGUGGCUUAGAGGGCGUGGACGUAGAUGAGGAUGCCGUGACCGACCGAACGGUGCGGCUGGUGGCCUUUCUUCGAGAUGCCGAGGAGGUGCGACCUCCCAAGGGGCUUCCUUGUGAAGGCAAGGUGGUCAGUUUCGACAACGCCUUGGCCUUCCUCCAUCGCUAUGUGUGCUUUCUGCGUGAGUUGGGACCAGAUCUGGCAAGUCCACAAGUGACUUUCCAUUGGACAGCAGAGGAGAACUUCCAGAGCAUCGUCGAGAGCAACCUGCGUGUUCCAAGUGCCGACCCGUCCGGCAUCAAGAAGAAGCAUGGUGCGGCCUUCGGUCGGGGGAUCUACACCUGCCCAGACUACAAGAUGGCCAAGGAGGACUUCUCCUACGGAGCCAGCGCGACCUUUGCUUGCCUGGCCCUGGUCGGGCGGCAGAAAGUGCGGCACCACGGCAAGGGUCAUGGGCUCUACGAGAGCCAUGGUGUCGACUUCGACAGCGUCCUCGGACGGAUGCCUGGCCGGAACUGCGCUACUUGGGUGCUACCUGCCAGCGACCAGAUCUUGCCGUGCUUUCUCGUGGACGAAGUCGCCCUACCUGCUGCUGUUGCAAAGCUCCGCGAGGCUGUGGCCAUCAUCCGUGAGCCCUGGCCGACGAAGCCGACGCCCUCUCUGGGCGAGGUGCUGGAAGUGCAGGAGGAGUCCUCCUCUCACACUGCUGAAGCAAGGCUGCCAGCUCGGAACGACGAGGAGCUCUUGCAAGCCACACGCUGGCGGCGAGGCGAUCGCCAGACGGGCAGUGACGCAGCCUCGAGACCACCCGGAGCAGAGGACAAGCCGGACACCCCGGCCACACUGCCCUAUGGUGGGGAUCUGCAGGCGGCCAUGCGCGCUCAGGACCGAGCUGCCAUCAAGCUUCUGAUGACCCUCCGGGAUCAGGCUCAGAUCCAGGCUCCCACGGGUACCGCUAGACGAACCCGGUGGGGACAGAAGAAGGAAGACAAGGAGGAGACAAGGCCACCGGGCGGAAACCUCAUCCACAAGGCUGGGGACUUGCUUCAGGCAAACGAGGACUUCAUCGUGCACCAAUGCAACUGUGUGUACUCGGGAGGGGCUCAGGGCGUCGCCGAAGCUGUCUUCAAAGAGUACCCCGAUGCAGACGUUUACCGACAUCGCGCCCGGAGCGGCCGCCCGCACGAUCUCCCCGGCACGGUCAGUGUCCAUGGACGCAUCGUCAACCUGUACGGGCAGCUGCUGCCUGGGCGGCCAGCGGAUGAUGCACCACCUGGCGGCUGGCCAGGUACGGGACGCUUCGUGAACGCUGCAGAGGCAGCAGAGGACACCCGUGCUGCCAGAUUUCGGUGGUUCGAAGCAGGACUGGCUGCAUUGGUGCGUGCGGUACCUGUUCAUUGCUCUCUGGCCCUUCCGACGCGGAUUGGUUGUGGGCUGGCUGGUGGACGCUGGCCGCAGUACCUGGCCGCACUCAAGCGCUUCUGCGAGGACAAUCGCAAGCUCUCCGUUGUACUCUACGACAUAGAGGGCUCGGAGUCAAUGGGCUACCAGGCGCUCCCGGCAUCAGGACCCAAGACAGUGCCACCCGUGGCACCAAGCAGCUCAGGAUUCUGGAGCUCGGCAUCCUUCGAAGCACUCCGCGAUGGGCAGUGGACACCCUAUCCGGAGGCUCGACAACGGGAGUUGCGAGCCGCGCUCCUUCGCGAGGACGACUGUUUGGAGGUCUUGGUAGACGCAGAGCGACGGACGGCGCUAGCUGCGCUCGAAGAACUGGGAGCUUGUCCAAGGUCCCUUGGAGGUGGCGUUGAUUCAUCGGCCUCCAAACUUGUCGUGCGCUGGGACGAUGGUGAAGGGCCGGUGGAGGUAGACUUGGCCUCCAUCGUGUCCCUGGCCGCCUGCGGUGAGGAGAGGGGUCCUCGGGGCACCACCCGUGUUCGCUUGCAUUUGCCCGCUGUGCGCGAAGGUGAGCUUCGCCUACCCACCGACCUGGAUCACUCCACAGCCCCGGAGGCUCAGAGCUGUGGCCGUCGGGUGGACCCGGCUGAGCAAUCUUCUGGCUGCCGCAUUUGCUUGGGCGACUUCUCUUGUGCCAAGCGGCCAAGUGCCUCCGAAAAGGUCAUUGAGCUAUUCUGCGGCCACGCCUUCCACGAAACGUGCCUGAAUCGCUGGUUCGAGGAAAGCAGGCGGUGCCCAACCUGCAAGCGCCGCUUUGGACACCUGGUCGGCAACCAGCCCGGGGUUGGCUCCAUGGCUUGGCGGCUGGACAGCCGGGUGCGGCUGGCGGGGCAUCCCGAUAGCUUCACCAUUGUGAUGAACUUUCGCUUUCCAGGCGGACGAGACGCCAAGGGGGAGCCAUAUGUUGGAAGAAGCCAGCAAGCUUUCCUACCACAUGACGAGCAGGGGAAGCUCUUGCUGGCUCUUUUUCAGCUUGCAUUCAGGCGGCGUGUGCUGUUUGACCUUCGAGUGUCGGCCACGGACGCCAAGUACUGGCCGGCCUUUAACAUACACUUGAAGACUGCACAUUCAGGGGGUGCUGAACGCUUUGGCUUCCCAGACGAAGGCUACGGUCAGCGCGUGCUCGAGGAGCUUCGACAGAAUGGCGUGACGCUGGCCGAGCUCUAG